AUGUCUUCUAUUGAUAUUGAGGAACAGAAGGGACACCCAUCAAAGGCGGGCCUCGACGGAUUUCCCGGUCCUGGAUCCGACCAUGGCGACGAGACUGCCCAUAUCAGAGCCGACAAGCUCGCUCGCAAAUUGUCGGCUCGUCAAGUUCAGAUGAUCGCUAUCGGAGGCACAAUUGGUACCGGUCUUUUUCUAGGUACCGGCAAGUCUCUAGCUACCGGCGGUCCUGCCUCGACGUUGAUCGCAUAUGCCAUUGUCGGUGCGAUCGUUUUUGUGACGAUGCUGAGUCUAGGAGAAAUGGCUGCGUUUGUUCCUGUAGCCGGGUCUUUCUGCACCUAUGCAGGGCGUUUCGUUGAUGAUUCGCUGGGCUUUGCGUUGACGUGGAAUUACUGGUUUAAUGACGCAGUGUCCACUGCGGCAGACAUAAUUGCCCUACAGCUCUUACUGAAAUUCUGGACCGACAACUUCCCUGGCUGGGCGAUUAGCUUGAUCUUCCUGAUCGUCGUCAUCUUCCUCAAUCUGAUGUCUGUCAGAGUAUAUGGCGAGGUUGAGUACUGGCUCAGCUUGCUCAAAGUUGUGACGAUCAUCAUCUUCAUUAUAAUCGGAAUCGUGGUCAAUUGUGGAGGUAAUCGCGAGCACAAGUACAUUGGCGGCAAAUACUGGUACAUUGGUGAUGCGCCUUUUGUCGAUGGUAUCGGCGGCUUCGCAUCUGUCUUCGUCACCGCCUCGUUCGCCUAUGGAGGAACAGAAUCGAUUGCUGUCACCGCCGGCGAAACGAAAAAUCCGGCCAAGAACUUACCAAAGGUAGUGCGGAACGUCUUCUGGCGUAUCCUGCUGUUCUACAUUCUUUCCAUUCUAUUGAUCGGUCUGAAUGUACCGUACAACUACCCCAACCUGAGCGAGAAAUCGACUGCCACAAGUCCAUUCACAAUUGUGUUUACUGAAGUUGGAAGUCAUGUCGCUGGCAGCUUCAUCAAUGCUGUCAUCUUGACGAGCGUCAUUUCAGCCGCCAAUCACGCCUUGUUCGCCGGUUCGAGACUCAUGUAUACUCUUGCAGUCGACGGAUAUGCUCCCAAAUUUUUGGGAGGCCUCAACCGAUUCCAGGUCCCCUCGAUUGCAGUCUUGAGUACGUCGACUAUUAGUGGGCUCUGCUUUGGGGCGAGCUACAUCGGCGCUGGUCAAUUAUGGACGUGGCUGCAGAACAUUGUUGGUGUGUCGAAUCAACUGUCGUGGAUCUGCAUUGGUCUAGCCUCCUUGCGUUUCCGAGCCGGCAUCAAAGCACAAGGUCUUGAGCACUUGCUUCCUUUCAAGAACUGGACGUACCCAGUCGGGCCAAUUCUUGCGGUUGGGCUUAACACUGUGUUGGUCCUAGUUCAAGGAUGGUCGUGCUUCAGUCCGUCAUUUAGCGGGGUGGAUUUCGUCUCCUUCUACAUCGAGAUCCCGAUCAUGUUGGUCAUGAUUGUCUUCUGGAAGCUCGUUAAGCGAACACGGUUCGUUCGCUUACACGAGAUGGACUUGGUGACAGACCGGUACGAUCUACAUCCUGAAUACCAAGCAGAGCAUGAAGCGCUUUCAGAGACAGACCAGACAGCCUCUGCGAAGAAGAGAUGGGUUCAUGCACUCAAGGAGGGAGAGGAAGGGACGUGGCUCGGCAGGCUAAAGACAGUCGGCAUGUGGCUGUUUCUGUAG